UAACUCUAAUUACUUUCUUCAUGUUCUCCUUCGGUGAAGUGUGAGGAAAUUGCAAGCAGAGUAUGCACCUUUUAUUAGGUGAUAUGAACUGCAUCCUGCUGGAUUAACCUCAAAACUCCUAAAAUAUGAAGACAUCUGCCUGGUAGAGCACUGAAAGGAGAAAUUAUCUUUAUGCUUUAGGAUAGCUUCCGAUUAAACUUUCUAGCACAAGGAGAAAAGAAGCCAGUUAUCUUUCACCCAGGAGUGGAUUUGGCUUCACCAUGGCUUCCUGCCAUGCCUGUAACCUCAGGGUGCUGGUGGCCGUUGUAUGUGGGUUGCUGACGGCCACUGUCGUGGGACUGGGCAUCUGGAGGAUUGUGAUCAGGAUCCAGAGAGGAACAUUUGCUCCCCCAUCAAGCACCCCUACAGAGUUCUGCAGGAAUGGUGGAACCUGGGAAAAUGGCAGAUGUGUCUGUACAGAAGAGUGGAAAGGACUGAGAUGUACAAUUGCUAAUUUCUGUGAAAAUAGUACCUAUAUGGGUUUGAGUUUUUCCAGAAUUGCAGUGGGCAGAUAUGGACCUUCCUUGCAAACAUGUGGCAAGGAUACACCAAAUGCGGGCAGUCCAAUGGCAAUCCGGCUGUGUGGUCUCUCUGAAUAUGGAGAGAUAGAAUUACAAAAUGUGACAUUAGGAAAUUGCAAUGAAAAUCUGGAAUCCCUGGAAAAGCAGGUAGAUAGUGUCACGGCAAGCUUUGAUAAUAUUUCUACCGAAGUCCAGGUUUUAACAUCUGAUGCCAGUAAAUUAACCGCUGAGAACAUCACUUCUGCUACUAGAGUGGUUGGACAGAUCUUCAACACAUCUCGAAAAGCUUCACCUAAGGCAAAAAAAGUUGCUGUAACAACAGUGAGUCAACUUCUAGAUGCCAGUGAAGAUGUUUUUCAAAGAGCUGCUGCCACUGAUGAUGAUGAUGAUACCUUUACAACGCUUCUUGAGCAAAUGGAGACUUAUUCCUUGUCUUUGGGCAAUGAAUCAGUAGUGGAACCUAAUAUAGCCAUACAGUCAGCUAAUUUCUCUUCAGAAGGCACUGGGGGGCCUACAAGUAUUCGCUUCUCUGUGCAAAAAGGAACUAGUGAGUCUCUAGUUUCUGGUUCAAUGUUUAUACAUACGAAUGUGGAUAGUCUUAAUCCAGAUGGACAGACUGAACUUCAAAUCUUGCUUAACACCCCGAAAAGUGGCACCAAAGCAUGUGGCUUUGUGGUUUAUCAAAACAGCAAGCUUUUCCAAUCAAAAACUUUUACAACUAAAUCAAAUUUUAGUCAAAAAGUUAUCUCAAGCAAAACUGAUGAAAAUGAGCAAGUUCAGAGUACUUCUGUUGAAAUGGUCUUUAGUCCAAAGUACAACCAACAAUUCCAGCUCCAUUCCUAUGCCUGUGUCUAUUGGAAUUUUUCAACAAAGGACUGGGACACAUACGGCUGUAACAAAGACAAGGGCCCUGAUGGAUUCCUGCACUGCCGCUGCAACCAUACUACUAACUUUGCCGUUUUAAUGACUUUCAUAAAGGGUUAUCAGUAUCCUGAAUCACUAGACGUUUUCUCCAUCAUUGGAUGUGCCCUGUCCAUUCCUGGUCUGGCUCUUACAAUUAUAUUUCAGAUUGUCACCAGGAAACUCAGAAAAACCUCAGUGACCUGGGUGUUAGUCAGUCUAUGUACAUCAAUGCUGAUUUUCAACCUCCUCUUUCUGUUUGGAAUUGAAAAUUCCAAUAAGAACUUGAAGACAAGUGAUGGUGACAUAAAUAAUAUUGACAUUGAUAAUAAUGAAAUGCUCACAAAAGACAUCAUUGACAUUCCAAAUCCCACGUGCACUGCGAUGGCUGCCUUACUGCACUAUUUUCUGUUAGUGACAUUUACCUGGAAUGCACUCAGUGCUACACAGCUCUAUUUCCUUCUAAUUAGGACCAUGAAGCCUUUUCCUCGACAUUUCAUUCUCUUCAUCUCAUUAAUUGGAUGGGGAGUCCCGGCUAUAAUAGUGGGUAUAACAGUGGGAGUUGUUUAUGCUCAGAGUGGGAGUGACCCACAAUGGGAGUUGAACUACCGGCAAGAGGAAAUCUGCUGGCUGGCAAUUCCAGAAAGCAAUGAUUUUAUAAGAAGUCCAUCAUUGUGGUCAUUCUUUGUACCUAUAACUAUUAUCCUCAUCGGCAAUGUUGCUAUGUUUAUAAUAAUCACAGUCAAAGUGCUGUGGAAGAAUAAUCAGAAUCUGACAAGCACAAAAAAGGUUUCAUCCCUAAGGAAGAUUGUUGGCACAUUAUCUAUUGCAGUUGUUUUUGGAGUUACCUGGAUUCUGGCAUACUUUAUGUUAAUUAAUAAUGAUGACAUCAGGGUGAUCUUCAGCUACAUAUUCUGCGUUUUCAACACUACUCAGGGAUCGCAAAUUUUUAUUCUCUACACUCUUAGAACAAAAAUCUUCCGAAGCAAAGCUUCUGAAGUGUUGAAGUCACUGUCCUUGUCCACAGGGAGAGUGAAGCCACUGCUUUCAAUGACCUCGCUGAGGCUGCGUGUAAGGAUGUAUAACAUGCUCCGGUCACUUCCAGCCCUACAUGAACACUUUAGGCUGCUGGAGACAUCUUUAAGUACUCAGGAUGUGACACCUUCCCAAAGUGACCAAGCAAAUGCAAGCAUCUAGGCCAUGAAACUAAUAACUUUUGUGGAGUUUUUAUUCAACUCGUGUUGAGUCUGUUUCCUGCUUUCAUUUCCUAGUCCUCCCAGAAAGUCUUCCUCAAUAUAUUUUGCUCAGGGUUAAGAAUUAGGUAAAACCUGUUGUUUAUUAUCAUUAGGAAUAAUGGACUUUGUAUUUUUUUGUAGUAUUCAAUGGAUUCUUACUCGAAUGAAGUGGAGAAUUCCAUAAAGCAUUCAAGAUUACCAUUGUUUCUUAUAUCGUUAAGUCUGUGACACACUUUGACAAAAAUGUAGAACCCACAGCAGAUUCUUUCACAAUUUGCUAAAGAAGACAUGAGGAGAAAAAUUUACCUUCCAGAAAAAAAUGACUCGUGAUGAACAGUGUGUAGGGAUUUGCUUGCCUGUAUCAUACUUUUGAUCUCUGAAUAUUU